AUGGAGAGCGAGGGGGAGGAUGCUAUGCGGAGGGCGGUGGGGGAAGAUGUUCAUGAUUACGUGAACAAGGUCUUCCUCGGCAUCAGCCCCAACAUAACCAUCAACGGGCUCCCCCCCACUUCCGACCUCGUCCCCUCCAUCCUCUCCUCCACCAUAACCACCGACGGCGUGAUCGAGGAACACGAGCCCUUCAACCACAGAUUAUUCGAGAAGGCGAAGGCGAAUGCGCGGAAGGAGGAGGAUUUGAUCGAGGAAAUUGCGGCGCUCAGGAGGAAGGUUCCGGAAGCGGUGGUGGAGGGCAUGAGGAGGAGGUUUAAGGAGGAGAUGGAGGCGGAUGAGGAGGGGUUGCGAGCCUUAGGAGAGGGGAUGAGGGAAACCGAGGGCGAGGCGGAUGUUUUGGGGCUGGUUAAGUUGGAGAGGCAGGCGGAUGUGGAGGCUGGUUGGGAGAGGAGUGUCAAGGGGCUCGAGAGGGUUGUGAAGGGUAUGCCGGAGAUGGUUGCCAGGUGUGAGAGGGCUGAGAGGGCCGAGGUUUAUGUGAACGGGAUGGAUGGGAGGUGA